GUGACAGAAUGCUUCUCGAAAUUUAUAUUUAUACUGGGUCAAUAUGUUAUGUCCCAGAUUUAUGGCAGUAAGUUGAUAGAUUCAAGGUCAUUAAGGAGUGUUUUGCUGGUCUUAAAGAGUGAAAACAGUAAUUCGAAGAUAGUGGAGGAAUAAUACUACAACAGAAGAGAACAAUGUAACCUUGGAUAAAGAAAAAUUCUAAUUACUGACAUCUGGUGAUUGCAAUCAGUAAUUUUACAAAGAUGGAAGAAUGUAUUGAUUCACAAACGACGAAAGAUAUUUUGAUUUGUCCAAUUUGUCUAGACAGAUUCACAAAGCCAAAGUGUCUCCCAUGUUUACAUUCUUUCUGUGAGGGUUGUAUUUUGACAUACAGUACUUCAGUACUGGAGAAAUUGGACGGGAAGGAUCAUAUAAACUGUCCAGUCUGCCGAGCAACAGUUCAGUUACCAAAGAAAGAAUGCACACCAAAGGAAUUUGUAGAUCAGUUACCUGCAAAUUUCAUCAUAAAUGGUAUUUUAGAAAAAGAAAAGGUUACACGACCAUGCAUACCAUGUGAGAGACUUGAUAUUGUAUCACAAGCUGUUUUCAUCUGCAUUGACUGCUCAGACACUCUUUGUGAUACCUGUCAGAAAUAUCAUAAAGCAAAUAAAGCAUCUUCUAAUCAUGAUAUUAAACCAAUAUCUAAGCUAACGGAUGAAGAAAGAAAACCUAAAGCAUUCAAAAAUAUAUGUGCUCAGCAUUCUAAAAAACUGAAGUUAUUCUGCAACAAUCAUGAUGUACCAUGUUGUACACUUUGUAAACCUUUAAGUCACAGAAAGUGUGACAAUGUUGUAACUAUUGAAGAGGAAGCAAACAAAUUUUGUACAGAUGUUAAACUUGAAAAGUUAAAAAUGGAUAUAAGAAAUGUAUCAGAUGAUUUUAAUACUCUUUUAUCUCACUAUACAGAAUGUUUACAAAACAACGAAACACAGUAUGAAGAUAAACAGAAGAUGAUAGAAAUGUCAAUCAGUACUAUUAUUUCAAAAGUUAAAGCAUUAGAAAUAACAAAGAAAGCUGAACUAAAAAAAUUAUAUGAGGAAAAGAAACAUAUUUUAGAAGAUAGGAUGGAUACAUGUACAAAUUGUCAAAAAACUGUAGUUUCAGAUAAACAGACUCUUGAAGUAAACAUUGAAAAAACCUCUGAAGUGCAGGUAAUGUUUGAGGCGCAAAAGAUAGCUGGUCAAAUUGAGAAACAUAAACAACUCUUAAAAAAAUACAAAUUUGAUGGUUCCAAAAUUUUGAUUGGUGGUGGAACAGGUAUUCCAAUAUUGAUUGACGUUUUUAUAAACAGUUUAUUCAAAAUAUCCGUAAGUAAUGAAGAUACAACCCUGAAACUCUUAACAGAUGAGACCAGUCCAAGUUUCAAUUCAAAGCAAAAAUCAUCUUUGAAUCAACCAGUUGGAUUUAUUUUGAACCCAAAUAAAGAUAUCAAAAUCAGUGGUUUCAAGAUUGGAAAUACAACCUCGGAGCAAAAAUCCCCAGGCUUUUCCAUACAAUCACGGGCAACACCAAAAUCUACUGCAGACAUCAAAUUUGGUCAGACACCAAAGGCAGCUGACAGCACAACUCCUGCUACUGGAAGUGGAAUCAAGUUUGAUGGACAAACAGUUUCUGCAGUAAAAACAACCACAGCUGAAGCAUAUACUGGCAAACCUCCAUUCAUCGGUGGUUUUAAAUUAGGAAAAUUACCAGAGUCUGACAAGAAAAAACCAACAUCAGGAGCAGUCAGUUUUGGACCGAUUGUGUCUUCUACUUCUGACAAGAAAACUGAACCUUCAAAGCCAGAUCAAUCUACACCUGAAUUCAACAAGUCUACUUUAAGUGGUUUCACCAUCCAACAAACAGCUAAAUUAUCUGAUUUCAGUUUCGGUGGAGAGACUAAGCCUAACACUUCCAAACCAGCUUCAACAUUUACCUUUAAGUCCAGUGCUCAAAUUACUACUGCCCCACUUCCCCUAGCUGUUACAGAAACAGCUAACAAACCAGUAGCAUUUCAGGCUAGCACAUUUUUUGGGUUUUCAUCAAGUAUCAUUAAACCUGAGCCUGCUAAGAAAGAUGAAAAGAAAGAAUUUGGAAAUCAGUUUAAUCCGAAAGAAGGAAUUUGGAAGUGUAAUGGAUGUCUUAUGUGUAAUAACGGUGAUUCUUUAAGAUGUCCAGUCUGUGGAACACUUAAACCUGGAGUUACUAAAGAGGGGGUUAAAGCUGCAGAUCAGCCUCAAAAGAAGGAUGGAAAGAAAGGAUUUGGUGAUUUGUUUAAACAUAAGGAGGGUAGAUGGAAAUGUGAUGGCUGUCUUUGUUCAAAUAACAGAGAUGUACUCAAGUGCCCUGCCUGUGGUAUCAUGAAGCCAUGUGUUAAAAGGGAAGACCUACCAAAAGAAUCUGAAAAGUCCUCAGCUUUCGGAAGUUCCACUGGUGGAUUUAAUUUUGGUGGAAAAGGAAGAUUCACUUUUGGAACAGCUGGCAAAUCUGAUACUAAAGCUGGUUCUGGAUUCACAUUCCCUUCACCAGAUGUAGCAAAGGAAAAAUCUGAAUCCAAUCUUGCCUUCGCUGGUUUUACUUUCACAACAACAAAAUCAGUUGCAGAGAAAAAUAAACCAGAUGCUGCAGCCAAAGGUUUCAACUUUACAUUACAACCAUGCUUUACACCAGAAAAGAGCAGCGAGUUGCAGCGACCUAUAUUUGGUACUUCAUCGGCAGCACAAAAUGUAGGAGCUGUAAGUUCAUCAAAUGCUACUCCAACAACUUUACCACUGUUAGGUAGUCUCCAAGCGGCCUCAGCAUCACCUGACAAACCAUUGCCUAAUCCUGUUUCUAUGGUUACUUCAAUUGCUACUGGUUCUUCAGCAUCAAAAGUAACCUAUAGUUUUGGACAACAAUCGUUUACAACGGGUACUCAGUCAACAUCCAGAUUUGGACAAGUGUCAUCGACUACUCAAGGAGCUAAUCAAAAUUUGUGCACUUCAGCUACGAAGGCUUCUACCACUUCUGGUGCUGUUGGGAAUAUAUGUAUAUUCCCUCAAAAGGAAAAUAUUAUUGCUUGUAAAUUAUCAAAGGAGACAAGUCUUGUAAAUUCUUUAUUAAAAACAAGUGAUGAUUUUGUGCAGCAGGGAUAUGAACCAAAUGUUUUUAUCAAACCUAUCAUAGACUUGCCUGAUCUUAUUGCAACAAAAACAGGAGAAGAGGAAGGAGAAACUGUUUUUUGUGAAAAGGCAACAUUAUUAAGAUUUGAUGACGGACUUUGGAAGGAAAGAGGAUCUGGCGAAUUGAAACUCUUACGUCAUAAACAAACAAAACGUGUUCAAUUAUUAAUGAGACGAGAUCAAGUUUUGAAAGUUUAUGCCAAGCAUUUCCUCACAAAAAAAAUGAAACUUUAUCCUUUGCAGUCUUCUAAAAUGGCAUGGAGCUGGAUUGCUGAGGACUUAUCUGAGGGAGAAAUUAAGAUCCAAUAUUUUGUAGUUUGUUUUAAGGAUGAGGACCUUGCUUUGAAGUUCAAGGCAACAUUUGAAAAAUUGCAGUCUGAACUUCAACAGGUGAAAUCAAACCAAGUGCAAAAAGAGCCAGCUAAAACAGGGACCAAAGAUAAACCAUCACUCGGAUCUAUGUUGAAAAAAGAGGAGGGAGUAUGGACGUGUACUGUAUGCUUGGUAACAAGGAAAUCAGAUGUUCAGAAAUGUGCUACUUGUAAAACAAUGAAGCCAGGUCUGAAACAAGAGGAUAUAAAACAGAAAGAGUCAAAAUCAGGGACGCCAGUUAGCACAGGAAUCAGAAAUUUCAGAAAGAGACCUAGCGACUUUCCCACAUGAGAUAACAUUUCCACAUGCUCAUGGUGACUCCAGUCAAUGAGGACUAUGAUAAACAAUGACUUUGUUUGUUAUGUAGCUUUAUGUAAUUCUGAAAUCAUAUGUGAAAUGCAAGUUCUGUUUAAUGUAAUGAUUAAUUAAUGUAAUUCUUAUACGAAUGACAUAGGAAUAUGUGUAACUGUUAAAUUAUUUUAUUGUUUCAAGACUUACGUUAUGAUAUGUUUUCUGCUAACCUAAUGGUAUUAAGGUAAUGUUAAUGCAAACUGCAUGGAAUGUAAGCAUUUAUCAAAAGAAUGUUAACUCCUCAAUAUCAGUAGUUUUACUUUGAUCACAAGGAUUACUGCAAAUUAUAUAAGGGCUUUUAUUAACAUUUGUCUAAUGUUCAAAAUGGUAUUGUUUCUAUUUGCUUUAAAUGUUUGAUUGUUAAAAUAAUAGCAUCAAUAGAAAUAAAAAUAUUA